AUUGUGCUUAUUCUCCAUACCACAGGACUUUUUUGUCUCAAUUUGGGAGAGAUAUAUUUUCUGUGUGAAGACGACCCCUGGGUGCGAAACUUACGGCAGCCAGCUCUACUUGGUGCCAUAUCCGUGUUGCUGCAAUUUUUGAGACGACCCCUGGGUGCGAAACUCACGGUGGCCAGCUCCACUUGGCGCAAUAUCCGAAACCGUGUUGACACUUCAUAGACUGAAAGUUGGUAGAGUUUUGUCAAAAUGAGCAGAUUAACAACUGAAAUUACGCUGGAUGACAUUGACGACUGGUUCAAGAUAGGAAAAGAGUCGACAAAGAAGAAGUCCACGAUACAGUCUGUACCACGAAGUUUCACUGGCGGUCGUGAUUUUAAUCCACUCACUGGAAGAGUACAUGGAGUGCAGGAGAAUGACUUUCCAAAUCACCUUCCACCCUAUAAAAGGAACGUGUCUGUGGACCAGCACGGGUAUGCCGAGCAGUUCCAGGAUGAGGAGGAACAACAUCUACUGAAGCACUACCAGCCGCUUGAGGCCGGGCCGAUGUCCACCGGGGGGAUGGCUGGGAGACUGGAGCAGUUGGAACUAGACAGCACCGUGGCAGGUUCCGUGGGGAUGCCAGAAGACCUGGUUCCCCCUGGAGCUGUUGAGGUCUACGAUAACUACCAAUUUGCCCAUACCUAUGACAAGAAACUGCCCAUCACAUACCACAAGGAACAGCUGUUGAGCACAAUAGAGAGUAACCAGGUGACCGUGAUCCAGGGCUCCACCGGCUCCGGCAAGACCACACAGGUGCCCCAGUACAUCCUGGACCAUUACGCCCAGGAACACAAGCACUGCAACAUCAUCAUCACACAGCCACGUCGUAUUGCCGCAGUCAGCGUGGCAAGGAGGGUGUGCUCUGAGAGGAGCUGGACACUUGGAAGCAUCUGUGGAUACCAGAUUGGCAUGGACAACAAAACUUCGGAGGACACUCGCAUCACCUACUGUACAACUGGGGUACUGAGAGAGAAGCUGAUUAAAACAAAGAAUAUGCUGCAGUUCACGCAUGUGAUCCUUGAUGAGGUGCAUGAACGAGACCAAGAGUCAGAUUUUGCCUUGCUGAUAGUGAGGAAGUUGCUGCGUACCAACUCACAACAUGUUAAGGUGAUCCUGAUGUCAGCCACCAUCGACUGUGACCUGUUUGCCAGCUACUUUGCCCUGCCAGUGCGAGAUCGCCUGGAACCGGCACCGGUGGUGAGCGUAGAGGGCCGAGUCUUCAGGGUGUCGGAAUUCUAUGCUGACGAUCUCACUCCCACACUUGGAGUGCUCCCUGAGUUCGAUGAGUGCAAGCCUGAAUUGAGUGAGGAGAUCGAGAACAUGGCGGUGAAACUCAUCUGUGAGUUCGACUCACUGGAACGCAAAGAGCAAGGACUGGACAAAGACACUAACUUCUCCCCUGUCCGGGGAACUGUGCUGUGCUUCCUGCCAGGUUAUGGUGAAAUCUCGGAUUUGUACGACAAAUUGAGAGUUCAUGAAGCAAAACACAACCUGAAAGUCAUCCCGCUACACUCCACCAUCACCCAGGACGAACAGAUGAGGGUGUUUGAGCCAGCACUCAAGGGGCAGAGGAAGGUGAUACUCUCUACCAACAUCGCUGAGUCGUCUAUCACUGUUCCAGACAUCAAGUAUGUUAUCGACUUCUGCCUCACCAAGAACCUGGUGUGCGACCCCAUGACCAACUACACCCAUCUGAUUGUGGACUGGGCAGCCAAAUCCAACUGUACACAGAGGAAAGGUCGAGCUGGACGUGUUUCCAACGGCCGCUGCUACUUCAUGGUGACUAAGACAUUCUUCAGUCAAUGUCUGCCUGAUUAUGGAAUACCAGAGAUGCAGCGCUGUCCCUUGGAGACCCUGGUUCUAAAGACGAAGAUCUUCAACAUGGGGGAGCCGAGACGUCUGCUGGGUCUAGCCCUGUCCCCUCCCAGACUGGACGAUAUUGAGAGAACUAUCCUCAACCUGAAAGAAGUGGGGGCCCUUGCCACGUCAAACAACACAUUGAACAGCCAGUAUGAUGGAGAGCUGACUUUCAUCGGGAGGGUACUCGCGGACCUGCCAGUCGAUAUCCGUAUCGGGAAACUGCUUGUCCUUGGACAUGUCUUCUGUCUUCUGGAAGAAUGUCUUAUCAUUGGGGCAGCACUGUCGCUCAAGAGUAUUUUUGCAAGACCUUUCAAGGCCAAGCUGAAAGCUUUUGAGCACAAGUACAGCUGGGGAGCCUUCUCCUUGAGUGACUGCAUUGCUAUCCUUAAUGCUUACAAGGUGUGGGAAAACAACAAGAAGCACCACGCCUUCAAGCGGACUGGAAUGACAGAGAGGAAAUGGGGGGAAUCCCACUUCAUUCAGAUCAGAAGGAUCAAUGAGACAUCCGAGUUGAUCCGGGAGCUUGAGCAGCGGCUGGAGAGGUUCAACAUCCAGAAGGCCAGCAGACCGCCAUUCUUUAAGGGAGACUACAACUCAUCCAAGGAGAGGCUGCUUCUCAAGCUGGUGCUGUGUGGAGCCUUCUAUCCUAACUACUUCCUGCGUGGCGAGGUAGACGAGGGGGAUGCUAUCCGAGUUCUGUCCAACCAUGAUCCCAUGAACACUGUUGCACUCAAGGGACUGCCAGCCAAUCAGGGCAUGCUGUACAAGGAGAAGCUACAAUGCAUCUUCAGUGAGUGCAGCCGGGACCCGCCUCCCAUCAUCAAUUUUGAGGAAACAAAGGCUUUCAUCCAGUUCCCAUGGAAGGGCAACACUCUGUGUGAGUCUCGAGUACACAAGGGUAUUUACAUGGCCAUCAAGCUCAGGUUGUUGCGGAUCCCCAUCGAGGUGGAGAUGUACACAAGGGAAGAUGCUAACAUCAUAGCCAGCAACCUGCACAAAGCCCAAGACAUAGUGGCUUCCCAGGGACAGCUCCGUACCAACAGACUGAAGGGGUCCUCACAAGAAAGCCUUGGGCAAGUUGUAGAACCCCCCAGACCCUCCGUGUCCGGAGUCCUAAUCAUGGUCACUGCCGUGGUGGAGUUUGGCCACUUCUGGGCGCAGUACUACUCGGACAUGGCUAUCAGUCAGCUGAAACACGUGCAGGACCAGCUCAACAGCUCCACUGCCUUGAUGCAGGUGACCGGGUUCCUGGCGCCUGGGAGUUACUGUGCUGCCAUCUACCAGGACGAGUCCGUCGCCUUCUACAGGGGCAAGAUUGUGGAGAUUCGAGGAAACAUGGUGCAGGUGUUCUUUGUUGACUAUGGCAACAUGGAGAUGGUGUCACGAGAUCACAUUCGAGCUUUGCCUCCCCAGCUGCUGCAGAUCCCCUUCCAGGCAUUUGAAUGCUACCUGGCUCACAUUCGCCCAUCUAGUCUGAGGUGUCCUGAUGGAGUUUGGAGCAAAGAGUCUACCGCAUGGUUCACCAAUGAGUACAUCAACAAGAUUUUGUAUGCCCAGGUGUUUUCAGUAGAGAGGAGUGCCUUGAGGCUGGAGGUGAUUGAGAAGAAGCUGAACAACCAGCAAGUUGUGGUCAAUGAAGAAGUGGUCAGAAAGGGCUAUGCAGAUAAUGCUGAGGAGUCAUUUCUGUCCAAGCAAAAUCAUGACGAACGCUGCUCGGAGGCCAUGAGUAUGACAGUGUCUCCAGAUAGGGCGAUAUCAGGACAGAAGGAAGAAUGGAUGAAUGUGGAAAUGCCACGUGAAACAAGAGCUGCCCUCAAGGGUUCCCAGCGCAUGGUAAAACUGAUAGGUCCUCACAGUCCUCUGGAGAUGAGCUUCCACAGCAUGACGUUCGUAGGCAGACUGAGAGGCUCUAGGAUAGACCAGGACAGCAUCAACUCUGUAGCCAUAGAUGACGAGCCGCAGAACAGCCACGCCCGCAUGAUGGUGGCAGCAUUUGUUGGUCUGAACCCCCAGGGGUCAGUGAUGAUGGCAAGGGACACGACGAUCAUGCCACUGAUCCCAGGCCUGCCAGGUCUCAUGUGUCUGCUGUUUGCUCCUGUGGCAGAACUCAGGACAAAUGCAAAACGAACCCAUUACACUGGAGCCAUCUGUGGCCUUGGAUAUGAAGACAAGACCAACUAUCCCAUCCUUCCUGACCAUGACAUAGAGGUCACCUUUGACACUCACAUCAAUGAUGAGGACAUUGACCUGAUCAACUGUGUGCGUCUUGCCAUCAAUGUGACGGUCGGGAAGCAGGACGCUGUGUCCUGGAGUGGUAGUGCCAUAGAGAAGCUGCAGGACAACGCCAGGAACAAGCUACUCCGCCUGGUGGAGCAAAGGAGAGAGCCUAUUGAGCCUUGUAACUACGAUAAGGCUUAUCACUGGAAUCAGAUUGCCCCGAAGUACCUGAUGGAGCCACCAUCAUGCCGGCAGGACACUGACGAACUAGUUCUGCUCAACCCUCAUUAUGCCAUUCGACUGGCCAGACCGGAUGAGACAGAGAGAAUCUCCCUCCUUGAUGAAGUCCGUCACAGUGACUACCUGAAACACCAUCUGCAGGAGCUGAAGACACUCUCCAUCAGGCACCGGAGUGACACUGUGACCUGUGAGCUGUGCGAUGUGUUGUGCAAGACUCCAAGAACGCUGUCUGCCCACCUACAAUCAGACAGUCAUAUUGCCAAAGAGAACAAGCUGUAUGGCUUGUACCAUUGACCGAUCACUGCAGAUCGAUACCACACAGACUGGGUAUCUGUGAUAGCUGUGCCAAAUACUCAUUUCUCAAGGAGACCAUCAUGUGAUGACAGACAUUCAUUCAACUUUGAUAUUCCAUGUGGCAAACCAUUUUAGGCUGGAGAUAUAUUUUGUUUUGGCCAAUACCAAAGAUGUGAAAAUGGCAAUUUUUCGUUAUCUGUUUAUGUAAACUGCAAGUUAUGUUUUUUUCAUAUGUAGAAUGUAAUAGAAUUGUGUUUAACUGUGAGUCAACUCCUGAAGGAGAUAACCUAGUAGUGGCGUCACAGAGAGGGCGAAAUACACCCUGGGCCCAUCAUUGCGUUUUGUUUCAGUGCAAGGGAUUAUGUCCUGUUAGUUAUUUUGUUUAGAAGAUUAUGGCUAAAGUACAAAAAAAACUAAUCACUGGUGUUUUAAUUCAUAAUUUUUUACACGGAAACUAUAAACAUGUAUGGGAAAAAAUAGUUGACAGUCGUUUCAGUUAUUACUAUUUCUCCAUUGAAAUAGUAGAUACUGGGCACAAGUGCAAGUAUGUUUCCUGGUAUUGGAGGCUGAUCCUGGCUUAGGCUUGAUGUGGUUUGCCAGUGAGAACUAUUAGCAGAAACAGUCUGUGUAAUCUCUUCCUCCUCCACCAAGUGGAGGGCGAUUAGCUUCUUGAUCCAGUGUUGCAUGCAGACAGAUCCGGUUUGACCUGGCAUACCUCAAGGGAAUGCACUUCAUGCCCCUGCAUUUCCACACUACAUGCCCCCUGUAUUUCCACACUACAUGCCCCCUGCAUUGCCACACCACGUGCCCUUGCAUUUCCACACUACAUGCCCCCUGCAUUGCCACACCACGUGCCCUUGCAUUUCCACACUUCAUGCCCCUGCAUUUCCACACUUCAUGCCCCUGUAUUUCCACACUUCAUGCCCCUGCAUUUCCACACUUCAUGCCCCUGUAUUUCCACACUUCAUGCCCCUGCAUUUCCACACUUCAUGCCCCUGCAUUUCCACACUUCAUGCCCCUGCAUUUCCACACUUCAUGCCCCUGCAUUUCCACACUUCAUGCCCCCUGUAUUUCCACACUUCAUGCCCCUGCAUUUCCACACUACAUGCCCCCUGUAUUUCCACACUUCAUGCCCCUGCAUUUCCACACUUCAUGCCCCUGCAUUUCCACACUUCAUGCCCCUGCAUUUCCACACUUCAUGCCCCUGCAUUUCCACACUUCAUGCCCCUGCAUUUCCAAGCUUCAUGCCCCUGCAUUUCCACACUUCAUGCCCAUGCAUUUCCACACUUCAUGCCCCCUGCAUUGCCACACCACGUGCCCUUGCAUUUCCACACUACAUGCCCCCUGCAUUGCCACACCACGUGCCCUUGCAUUUCCACACCACGUGCCCCUGCAUUUCCACACUACAUGCCCCCUGCAUUUCCACACUUCAUGCCCCCUGCAUUGCCACACUACGUGCCCUUGCAUUUCCACACUACAUGCCCCCUGCAUUUCCACACCACGUGCCCUUGCAUUUCCACACUACAUGCCCCCUGCAUUGCCACACGAGGUGCCCUUGCAUUUCCACACCACGUGCCCCUGCAUUUCCACACUACAUGCCCCCUGCAUUUCCACACUUCAUGCCCCCUGCAUUGCCACACUACGUGCCCCUGCAUUUCCACACCAGGUGCCCCCUGCAUUGCCACACCACGUGCCCUUGCAUUUCCACACUUCAUGCCCCCUGCAUUUCCACACCACGUGCCAAAAACCAUUAUUUUGCUGUUAUCCACUAAGAUUUUAUAUGAGAUUUAUGUUGACUCUAAAUAUUGUGCCUUAUUAUUGUGUUUGUACCGAAUGGUAAUGUUCAGUUUAUUUGAAAUAUCAUUAUUCCUCUGUUGAAGUGCAAUGUGGUCACAGUGCAAAUGGCAAGUUGCUUCAGUAUAAUAAAUGAUUGUUUUCUU